CAUGCCAUUAUAAAAGUUUCAAGCAAGCUAAAAGGAAAAUCUUUCUGGCUAUAGCUGAAGUUAAAUGAGUCACAAACAAAACGAAAUACAGUGCUCAAAUGAAAUUGUUUUAUUGACUACAAUUCACCAGCUACAAAAAGUGAAUAAAUAACAACAACAAAAGGAAAAAAAAAAAGUAAACACUUGAGAAUGACUGAAGAAUUACAAGGCGCCACAGCAGAGCCUGUACAGGCUGAUAAAGCCCCACAGUGGCUACAAGCAUUACUGGAUAACCAAAAUCAGCAAACAAAACAACUGCAAAUGAUGCUGGCCCCCGUCCUAACACACAUAAGUGGAAAUCCAGUUACACAUCAAGCAUUACCCCCUUUUGCUGCUCCCACUGUAGAUGGGGAAGAUAGUGCACAACACUCCACAUUGCACAGUCUUGUAGCUGAGCCAGGUAAUGUUCCCUCUGCCCCUUGGGGAAUGUCAGCAAGACCAAGCAGCCAUACUAGUGGUCCUUUUGCAUCCGAGCUGAAUGUCAUUAACCAGCGGGCUCGCAGCUCUGGUCCGCCUAGGCUUAAUCUUAACUCUGAACCUGUUGUUAGACGUAGAAAUGGCGGAAACUCAGAGCGUGAAGGCCAACACACAUUUCCUUACCAAGACGGCCAAAGACUGAACAGCUUAGCUCGCAGUGGCCAACAGUUUAUGCAAGAUGUGCACAGGCCUAAACUUGCCAUAUAUGACGGUAAAGAAGACUGGGAUGCCUUUUUGUUACCUUUCGAGUGCCUGGCCAGGAAAUAUGGAUGGACUGCUCCUGAGAGAGUAGAUAGGCUGUUAGAAUGCCUAAGAGGCGCUGCAAUUACAGUAGGUAUGUCUGCUCACUGCCAGAGCGUAUAAGAGAGGAUUAUGUACUGCUAGUAGAGCAACUUACACAGCGGUUUGGACUAAAAGAUCCCCCCACUACAGUAAGGAGAAAAUUAGGCGAGCUUCGGCAAGGUAAAGAGACAACAGCUGAAUUUGCAGAAGAAGUGCGCCGUCUUGUCACAUUUGCAUACCCAGGAGUAGACCUCCAACUACAAGAUCAGCUCGCAACAGAUGCCUUCCUGAAAGGUUUACGAAAUCAAAAAGUGGCCUAUGAAGUUAUGAACCGGGACCCAAGCUCCCUAGCGGAGGCACAGAAGAGCGUAGAAGCCCAUGAACAUAACUUUAAAGUGACUGUGGGUCGUGACACUGAAAUUAAAAAUAGAACAAGGCGCAUUUCGUGGGCUGAUGAAGAUUUUGCUGCCAGUGAAGAUUGCACUGCCUCUUCACGUAGAGUACAGACUCCUCAGUAUGUGACCACUGAUCAGUUUACUGCACUGAAAGAUGAAAUUAAGACUCUCACAAAGAUAAUAGAAAAGUUGCAGUUGCAGUUGGGAAGUCUGCAGUCUACACACGCUGUGCACCAGCGAGCAAAAUCCCCAGUGCAAUCUCACAUAGUAGCUCAGCAGCAUGUGCAGUCAGACCGAACACGCUCUCGGUCACCAAGCCCAAGUCGUGGGGCACCUGCUACAUGUUUCCUGUGUGGCGAACAGGGACAUUUCAGGAGGGACUGCACAAAGUCGCUAAGCCCAGCGCCUGCUCACAACCAUGGUGAAAACCACCUAGGCAAUCAUGUGCAGUCCAACAGCACAUAUGAGCUAAAACUGAGCUGUGCUAAAAGCAAAGGUGAGAGUCUGCAGAUUCCCAUAACUGUAAAUGGCAUUCCAACUGAGGCUGUGGUGGAUACAGGAGCUCAGACAACCGUAAUAUCAGAGGCGCUGUACCAGAACUGUUCAGAAGAGCAGCCCACAAGCCUCUGUAAAACCUACCUUCUGAAUGCAGGUGUUGGAGAAGGCAUGAAAGCAAAACAGGGCCUGCCUGUGACAUUUAAAAUCGCAUCCAAAACAAUAAACUGGGCUGUACAUGUAGCUCCCAUACGUGACUCAGUUCUCCUUGGCCUGGACCUGAUGAAGGCUCACGACGUCGUCAUACACGCCCGCGGCAAAGUUUUCAUUGGGAAUGAACUUGUGCCUUCAAAAAUAGUGGGAGGAGAUGGAGCAGACUACAGUGUCGCUAGGGUGCUCUUGAGAGAGGCCACCACUAUACCACCCACUUCAGAAUGCGUGGUGUGGGGAGAAGUCGAGAACCCCAAGCCUGGUGUGCCAGCAGUGCUAGAGCCCUUGAACAUCACAGAAGCCGUUGCAUCUGGAAGUGUGGCUACCACAAUGGAGAAGCAAGUGCCAGUCAGACUAUGCAACUUCUCAACCAGCAAAGCAGCCCUGUUGAAAGGUGUGUGCCUUGGGCUUUUGGUGGAGGCCUAUCCCGAGAAACCGAAAAGCCUGUGGGUGAAGAGAGCAGCGACUGAUGGCAAGAGUGAGCUGGAGAACGUGUCACCACUGGUGAUUGGAAGAGUGGCAACGCUUGCUGACCUGCCUGAGCAUCUCCAUUGCCUGGUGGAGGCCACGAGUGAAACUCUCAAUGAAGAGCAACAACAACACUUCCUCCAGUUGCUGUUAACUUACCAGUCCCUCUUCGCUAAAGGUGACUCCUACCUGGGUUACCUCUCCGCUGUCACACACAAGAUCGACACGGGGCUAGCCAAGCCUGUGCGGCAACCAGUGAGAAGAACACCGCUUGGAUUUCAAGGCGAAGAAGAAACCCAUCUCCAAGACAUGCUGAGAGCAGGUGUCAUCACGCCAUCAUCGUCAGAGUGGGCCUCUCCAGUCGUUCUAGUUCGAAAGAAAGAUGGAGGAGUGCGAUGGUGUGUGGAUUACCGUAGCCUGAAUAGCCUGACGAUCAAAGACGCGUACCCCCUUCCCAAGAUAGAGUGCCUUGAUGUUCUUGGCAGAGCUUCUCUAUUCUCCACGCUUGACCUGCAAUCAGGCUAUUGGCAAAUAGCAGUGGAUAGCAAGGACCGUGAGAAGACGGCAUUUAUCACCAAAUGGGGCCUCUAUGAGUACACACGCAUGCCCUUCGGGCUUUGCAACGCUCCGAGUACUUUUCAGAGGGCGAUGGAGCUCGUCCUCAGGGGGUUGCAAUGGGAGACGUUGCUUAUUUACCUAGAUGACGUUAUAGUCCUGGGUAGGAAUGUGGGAGAGAGCCUCAACCGUCUUGCUCAAGUCUUUGAACGCCUGCACGAAUAUGGCCUGAAGUUGAAGCCUUCGAAAUGCCACCUGCUUCAAGAGGAGGUUCUCUUCCUGGGCCAUAUCGUGAGCGGAGAUGGAAUCUGCCCAAAUCCAGCGCUGGUCAGAGAUGUACAGCUUUGGGAGCCUCCCAGCAACAUUCAAGAGCUGCAAGCUUUUCUCGGAUUAUGUAACUACUACCGUAAAUUUGUCCCAUCUUUCGCCGAGAUUGCAAGUCCUCUCCACAACCUGCUAAAGAAAGGAGCUGUGUUUCAGUGGACUGAAGCCCAUGAAGAGGCUUUCACACAGCUCAAAGAGAGAUUGACAGCUGCUCCAGUCUUGGGGUACCCCACAGCCGAAGGUCAGUUCAUUCUCGAUACUGACGCAUCCAGCCAUAGUGUUGGAGCUGUUCUGUCACAACUCCAGUGGGGGGAGGAGCGAGUACUGACAUAUGCCAGCAGUCACCUCACACCAGCUCAGCAGAGGUAUUGCGUCACCAGACGUGAACUGCUUGCUGUGGUGCGCUUUACCCGUCAGUUCCGUCACUACCUCCUGGGAAGAAAGUUCCUGCUGCGAACAGAUCAUGGCAGCCUCACCUGGCUCUUUCGUUUCAAGUAUCUUGAAGGUCAGCUGGCCCGGUGGCUGGAAGAGUUGUGCCAAUAUGACUUCCGCAUAGAGCACAGAGCAGGUGUCAAACAUUCAAACGCUGAUGCCAUGUCAAGGCAAGGCACUGGAGAUCUGGACAAAUGUGACUGCUACCAAGCUGGGAAGUACCUGUCUGAGUUGCCAUGCCAAGGUUGUAAGUACUGCCAGAGACUUCACGAGCAGUGGGCCAGGUUCGAAGAAGAUGUUGAUGACGUUGUACCACUGGCAGUGAGAUACCUGGAGCCCAGCAAUGAGACCAACAGUGCUGAUGAUCACCGGGAGCAAACAGAACAGACAACAGUACCCCAACCGGCCACCCCAGUAGUCAACUGGUUGCAGUCUGUCAGCACUGACCAACUUGUCCAACUCCAGAAAGCUGACCCUGUCCUCUCCAUCCUACAUCAGUGGAAGGACUCGGGUACACUUCCUACUAAAGAUCAAGCGAUGCUCGAGAGCCCUGCAGUGAGAAAGUUCUGGCUGUGUUGGCCUCAGAUCGUCAGACAUCAAGGCGUCCUCUUCUAUUGCUGGGAGAGAGAAGGCACCCAAGAUCCAACAUUGCUGUUGCUCGUGCCAUCAGCCAUGCAACAGGAGGUUCUACAGGCUUGCCACAACCCGCCCCACUCCGGUCACCUGGGAGAAGCAAAGACACUGGAACGUCUGCGCCAAGGCUAUCAGAUACCAGAUGUUCAUCUGUUCGUGAAAAAGUGUCAGCACUGCAACGAAUGCAAAGCUGCUGGACCGCUCAAGAGGGCCCAGUUGCAAAGUUAUCAAGCUGGCGCUCCUCUAGACCGUCUCCACUUAGACAUCCUUGGACCGUUUCCUGUAUCCAGCUCAGGGAACAAAUACAUCCUCGUCAUAAUUGACCAGUUUACUAGGUGGGUCGAAGCCUUCGCUGUUCCUGACCAGGGGGCCGAAACAACAGCCAAGAAGCUUGUGUACGAAUUCAUCGCUCGUUUUGGCUCUCCUCUUGAGUUGCACACAGACCAAGGUCGUAAUUUCGAGAGCUGCCUGUUCCAGAGUGUCUGCAGGCUCUUGCAGAUCACAAAGACCAGAACGACCCCCUACCACCCUGCUUCUAAUGGGCAGGUGGAACGGUUCAAUAGGACUCUGCUUCAAAUGAUCAGGUGCUAUGUGGACAAAAAUCAGAAAAACUGGGACGAACACCUGCCACUACUCACCUCCGCCUACCGCAGCUCCCGCCAUGGAGUCACAGGCUUCACGCCCAACCAACUCAUGCUUGGCCGGGAGGUCCACCAACCCCACGAUCUUCAGUCUGGAACUGCGGAGCUCAAGUCUGAUCGAAUGGAAGUAGCUGAUUACCUCUGCAACCUCAGAGAAGGCCUUGAAGAGGCCCAACACACAGCGCGAGAACAUCUUCGUGCUGCACAAGAACGCCAGAAGAAGACAUACAACGUGCGAGCACAAGAACAGUCUUACAGCGUCGGAGACCUGGUGUACAUGAAGGAUGACACAAAAAAGAAAGGACUAAGCCCUAAGCUCCAGGCGCCAUGGAAAGGGCCCUUCAUCGUCUCAGCUCGCCGUGGCCCAGUCAUCUAUGAGAUUCAAGGUGCUAAGCGCAGCAAGAUAAUGCAUCACGACCGACUCAAGCCGUACGCCAGUGAAGUGGUUCCGGCCUGGGUGGGUCGUCAGAGGAGCCACGUGCUACAGCAACGCCAGGACUCCGCAGACCCAUCACCCAAAGAGGAUGCCCCACUGGUGACGGACAUGCUACUGCAGAGCGGCGUGGACGACGCAUCGGCAGAACCAGAUCCCCAACAACCUGAACCUGCAGAACCCGAUAUCCAAGAGCCACGCCAGGAAGAUGGAGCGUCUCGAUCCAGAGCUUCCAGCCGUCGGCGAGGAAGACCUACGAAGAUCCAUGGGAGUCCAGAUAAGACUUUUAAGACUUUACGUGGGCGUAUAGUCCACAAGCCUUUAUAGAUUCAGGAACUAGUUAAAAAAAAAAAAAGAGAGAAAACAGUUCAUGCAUAGAUAUCUGUAAUUCCUUGAGUUUAAAAGUAACAUGAUUUGUGAUCGUAAUUAACAGAAAAGUAAUCAUUAGCGUUUAAAGAAACUAGGUUACUGUUUAAUCUAUUUUCUGAAUAUCCCUUAAGUUUGCCUACACUAUUGCUAACUUCUGUUAAAUGUUAAAAUGUAUUUCCUUGUCAUGUUUAGUUGAGUCACCUGUACUGAAGGGACUCAGUACUCUUGGAGGGGGAUAGUGUAGAAUAGUUCAGUUUGUCCCCCCUCCCUCCCCCUACGGGAUAUGCGUUGCAGUGUUCUGAUUGGCUACUGCGUUCUGGUGGCCAUACUAGUUAGUGAAUGUUCGCGUUGAAUUAGUCAGUCUUUAGUUUUUUGAUUGUGUGGCUCGUAGCUCAUCGCAUGGACAGAAGAAACAUUCCUGUUCUGUGCCCGAGCAAGAGCCGACAAGUUAACCACCUGAGACAAUCGUUUGCACUGUUGUAAUUGUUAUAUUUAAGACCUCAGUAAACGUUCGCC